AAGACAGUUCUUUGUUCAUAUUAAUUCUUCUUAUCUUCAAACUAAAACCUCUAAAACCAUCAAAGAAAAACUCUAAAAUAUCUAAAAUGGGAGUUUUGAAGAGACGAGUAUCGAGUAGUAGAGGACUUGGUGGUGUUAUUAGAGAGCAGAGAGCUAAGCUAUACAUCAUCAGACGAUGUGUUGUGAUGCUCUUAUGUUGGCAAGAUUGAUCUUGGUUGUUUCUGAGGGUUGAUACCUUGAAGCUGAACCGGAUCAGACCGAUGAUUGCAAGAAGAUAUGAAGGAGAAACUGGUCUUGCUAAUCGUAGAUCUUGGGGGUUGAAAGUUCAUACACUUUUGAAAUGGGUAUAUGUUUUUGAUUGGUGGAUGUAAAUUUGUAAAUAUCGACGAAUAAAAACUUUGGGAUAAAUUUUGUAAUGGCUUUUGCCUUAGUUCUAUAGCUCCCCUGUUGUAAAUUCAGCUAUAUCACACAUAAUUUAAUCCGUACCAGAUCUUAAUUUCCUUGCUU